GUGUGUAGUCGAAUAACAUUGGUCAGGAAAGUGGGAGGAUCCUGCAGCGAGGACAUUGCAGAAGCCCUGUCCUGGACUUCCCAGCCUUGUUGUACAGUGCUUUCCAAUGUACUCUGUGUUCUUUUUUUUUAAGAGUAGGCUGAGCUAAUAUGCUGUAACCAUGCCAGACGUGUAGUCAGCAGAGGAUCAGGUCAAGUUCAGGCGUGUCGAUCUGUAGCGUGGGCUCAACAAUGCACGCACUUUAAACUUCACACCAGAAUUAGUUUUCUGUUUGCACUUUCAUAAUCCUCUUUUUUUCAGGGCAGGCUGUCAUGCCCCGCUGACAAGCCCCUGAUUUCUAAGUUAGAGCGGGUGAAGCAUCGAGCUGCUCGGUCACAGACAUGGAGGGACUCGAAUCAGAAAGCAAACACUCAGAGGACUGCUUCGACAAGACCUUCUCAGCUCUCACCGUGGACGAUGUGUACGAAAUAGCCAAACUGAUCGGCACUGAGGUGGAGAAACUCAUAGACAGCUGCGGCAAAGACAGCGUUGUGGGUCUGGUACCGAGAAUAGUGAAAGUGCUGGAGCUGCUGGAGAGCUUCGCUUCGAGAAACAAUGCUCACAAACUGAGGGAAGAGGAGCUGCUGAAAACCUUCGAGACGAUACAGCUUCAACAGCAGAAGAAACGAGCAGGGAAAGAAAGCGAGGAGGGCAACGAGAAACAUGAAAUACAGGAGUUGCAGCAGAAGGAGCAGCAGUGGAGAACGCGAUGUGAGGAGCUCCAGGUGCAGGUGCAGCAGCUCCAAGAGGACAGGGAAGAGCUGCAGUGCAGGCUGAAGGGCAGCCAUGCACAUGAAGAUCGUGUCCAGCGGCAGGAGCGAGAGGUGAUGCUGAAGCUGAAGGAGGUGGUGGACAAGCAGAGAGAUGAGCUGAGAGCCAAAGUGCAGGAAAUAACUACAAUCUCCAAAGAGGUGGAGGCGCUCCAGGAGCAGUUGGAGCGCUUUAUGAAGAUGAAUGCAGAGCUGCGACACAAACAGAACGUGAUGCAGGCCCAGCUGAAGAGCACGGUGGAGAGGAAGGCUGACAUGGAGGCUGACCUGAAGGAGAAAAGCAAAGAGAUAGAAAACUUGCUAGCACAGCUGGACAGAACCAACAGCAACAAUCCUGCUGGUCUGAGCCCAGCAGGCCGUUUUUCAACUAAAAAACAGACGGUUGACCAGAAGGAUCCUGAUCAGCCGUGCUUCACUAAGAAGGAGGUGAGGGACAUCCUUUUUGAGAGGAACGAGCUCAAAACCAACCUGUUCCUUGUGCAGGAGGAGCUCAACUACUAUCAGAGAGAGAUCCUGAAUGAGGAGAGGUGUCCAGGCUUCCUGUUGGAGGCAGUCCGCUCUGCCAUCAAAAAGAAGAGAAAGCUCAUUAAGGCGAAGAUGCUUGGGAUUCCUGUGAAAGAUUGUGAGAGCAGUGAUGAGGAGGAGAGGGGUUCUCUGUAUGGGCAGACAGAAGUAGAUGGUACGGAAGUUGACGGCCCUGAUAAACCAACUGAGUCACGCAUUCAAAACCUCUUUGGCUUUCUGACGCGGUCGGGCAGUGGCCGAAGCCCCACCAACAUGAAAAACUCCUCCUCAACCUGGGAGAUCAUCGAUGACUCAGAGGCCUCUAAUGAGCUGGAUCACCAUGCAUCUCUCUGAGCACCGUACUGACCACAGAGCAGUUGUCUUCAACCGACUCCCUUGUUCCCUCAGUCACAGCUUCGUCCCUCAGUCUUUUUAUGGCUCAGGAAAGAAGACGACAAAGGCAUUUGAAUGAACCCCCCAGUGUUUGUAACACGAAAGGAUUAUAUGAGCGUGAGAAGAGAAGAAGUGUGGACAUUUUUUAAACAAACUUUUCUUUUUGCUUUAUUUUGUUCUUUUCCUUCUUUACCCAUGUUUUUCCACUCACACCCAAAUCCACUUAAAUGUGCAUGUACAGCGUACAGCAGAAAGAGAAACAUUCUUUAACUAACUUUGAAAAGGUGCUUCCUUUAUUAAAACAAUCAUCCCUGAUAACAGUAUCAUAAGAAAGGAUUUCAUAUUUACAUAUAUUUAUAAAGGUCCUAAAGCAGUUUUAGCAAAAACCAAAGACAGAUAUUACAAAUGCUUCUACUCUGAAAGAAAACUCUCCCCUCUCAUAAUAUUUAUAAACUUUUUAAGUUCUCUCUGCUCCUCCAGGGGCGUAUUUUAUAACUUAUGAAUACGAUUUUAACAGAAUACUUUUACCUCAGUGGGGGAAUAUGUUAAAGCCAAGCCAUUUUUCCCAAUUUGAAGCACUUUUAUGCUCAAGAAGUCGAAAAUUGAAUAUGUAGUCUCUUUCACCAGUGCUUGCAUUUUAACCCCCUUGAGCCUUAACUCACACUUGUAUUUAAAAAAAAGAGUCUUAUUUUUUAGUGUUUAACAAAGUGAUGCCUUUUGCUGGUUUUUAUUUGAUGUUGAUGCAAUAAAUGCACACAAGUAUGUGUGUGAGAACAGGUGUUUUUGUUGGUCUACCAGCUUUUGCAGAAGUGUUACUUUGCUCGUGGAAAUGAGGAAUGGUACUUAUUUUUUUACCCCCCAGCUCCAUAAGCUGACGAGUUACCAUGAAAUGACCACACUAGCUUUGUCCGACCUUUACACUACAGUAUUGAGACAAUGACAGGCCAGUGCUUUUGUAUUUACUGAGCUACAAUGUAUGAGCUUCCAAUCACAUCAUGUUGCCCUAGAAUACUAUAUUUGCAGUUUAUUUUUGUAGGUGUGUUUUAUGGAAAGUCUGCUGCCUAAGAUACUGAUUUAAGAUGUCAGCUGCCAUGUGAGUGGAUUUUAGAAAUGAUAUAUGAUAAAGUAAUGAAAUGUUGAAUUUACUGUGAUAUAGAGAUUCAAUAAAAUCCAUUAUGUAUAAAAAUAA